CGUCCGCUCUGCCUAAUCGAAGCCAACAACAACGCUGACAUUCUUUUUUUCUGCUCACACCCUCCUUCACCGAACGACCCCGUCACGAUGCUCCCCUUGCUACCCUGGCUGGCAUUCGGGGUAGCCUCCUCUUCCAAUCUCGUCUCUGCGCAAACAGCAGGGUCCAUCUCACAAGUCGGUAGUUCUCUUGUCAGUGCAAUGAUGAUGUUUCUCGGUAACGAGGAAAAAGUUUACAUUCUCGACAAGGCAGAAGGGAACAGUGCCCAAAUAAACGGUCAUCCCGCGUGGGGUGCUGCUUGGGAUAUCAACGGUCACACCGCAACGUUGAUGGAUGUGUAUACAAACACUUUCUGUGCCUCCGGCAUGCACUUGCCCAAUGGCUCAUACGCCACCUUUGGUGGGAAUGGUGCCGUCGGUCCAGGUGGCAAUAUCGGCUCAGUCCUGAACAACGCCGGCUCAGGCGCAUACGACGCAACUUACGGUGACUACGAUGGCGGAAACGCCAUUCGUAUUCUCAAUCCCUGUACAAACGCAGACGACUGGUCAAGUUCACAAUGUCAGUGGUUUGACAACGCCACUGUCCUUGCCAUGCAAAAACGUCGUUGGUAUUCUGCGUGUGAGCCUCUGGGCGAUGGUACAAUCGCCUUGAUCGGUGGUUUCGUCAACGGCGGCUACAUCAACAGAAAUACCCCAAACACCGACCCCGCAUAUGAAGGUGGAGCAGCCGAACCUACCUACGAGUUCUUCCCCUCACGAGGAAAUGCAACGGAAAUGCAAUUUAUGGUCUCGACUUCUGGCUUGAACUCGUAUGCACAUACGUACCUGAUGCCUUCUGGGAAAAUGCUCGUCCAAGCAAACAUAUCGACUAUGCUUUGGGACCCCGAUACGAACACAGAGACACCGCUCCCCGGUAUGCCUGGAAACGUGGUUCGUGUAUACCCUGCAUCAGGAGCUGUCGCUAUGCUUCCUUUGACUCCCGCCAACAACUGGACUCCAACCAUUCUUUUCUGCGGCGGAUCUGACAUGCCUGACACUUACUGGGGUAAUUACUCGUACCCCUAUUACAAUACCUGGGAUUAUCCCGCCUCGAAGGACUGUCAACGACUCACUCCAGAACCUCAGGACGGUUCUUCGCCCGCUUACCAGCAAGACGAUGACAUGCUGGAGGGCCGCACUAUGGGUCAGUUCAUCGCUCUUCCGGACGGUACCAUGCUCGUCGUGAAUGGUGGUAUGAAUGGGACUGCCGGAUAUGCUCAGGCUACCGGAAUGACACCCAACUUUAACGAUAUGCCCUACGGUGAAUCUUUGGCCGCUGGCCCGGUCGGUACACCUGCAAUCUACAACCCCAAUAUGCCCAGUGGCAGCCGGUGGUCCAAUGCUGGUUUGGGGAAUUCCAACAUAGCCCGUCUAUACCAUUCCUCCGCAAUGCUUCUUCCCGAUGCUUCCGUCAUGAUCGCAGGUUCAAAUCCCAACAUCGACGUCAACCUGACCACAAUUUUCCCAACUACCUACACCGUCGAAGUGUUCUACCCUCCCUACUUCUCCGCCCCGGUUCGCCCCCAGCCUACUGGUGUUCCGACCCAGCUCUCUUACGGUGGUGCAUUUUUUAAUAUCACCGUUCCCUCUACUUCAUACAGUGGUUCGGCUAAUGCCGCAGCUGCGAACACGACUGUCGUGCUUUCUCGCGGUGGUUUCACUACCCACGCCAUGAACAUGGGCCAACGCCACCUACAACUGAACAACACUUAUACCGUGAACAGCGAUGGAUCCUAUGUACUUCAUGUGGCCCAAGCCCCUCCCAAUCCCAACAUUUUCCAACCUGGGCCUGCCUUACUCUUCGUCGUUGUGAACGGCAUCCCAAGCAAUGGCACAAUGGUCAUCGUAGGAUCUGGUAACAUUGAGACACAGCCGACAUCGGCCGUCAGUGAUUUGCCACCCAGCGUUCUGAACGAUGCCGCACAAGGCAAGGGUAGCAGUGAUUCGAGCCAGUCCUCAUCGUCCAAACCGAGCACGGGUGUGAUUGUCGGUGCCAUUGUCGGUGCUAUCGCCGCAAUCGGUGUUGUCGGUGCCGCGUUUGGCAUUUACAUGGCCCGUCGUCGACGCGCCGCCAGUCGUCAACACCCUGCAGCAGCAUAUGCUAUGGGCACGACGCGGAGUGGGUAUAUGGGUAGUGGGGCCGCCGGUGCCGAUCAUACAAGACAUUCCGAUUCAAGCGCGUUUGUACCGUUGCAACAAGAUAACCCCAGUAUGGCCUGGAACGCAAGUAGCGUCAGCUUGCAGUACCGAGAUGAUUUCGGAGGGCGACCAAGCGAUGUAGCCUACGAUCCAUAUAAUCCGGACGGUGUGCACAGGGUGGAGGGUUAUAGGUCAUAACUAUAGUACAUGGACACGGAAUUUUGUUGAUUCAUACGUAGUAGCAUGGACUGGGUUCUGAUAAUAUCGUUCUUUUAUCUCUGCCUUUCUUUUAUUUUCUACAGGACAUGUCCUUGUUGCUUUUUCCUAGCACUGUCUUAUAUACUUCAUCAGUAGUCCAAGAUUUUGCUGAUCGGCGCCUGAGAACCACCGCCAUCUCACAGCUUGAC